GCGUCGGUCUUCACCCGCUUCACCACCGGCGAACCACACCGAGAAACACGACGGACGAGCACACAAGCACAGCUCUAGCUUAGCUUAGGGAGAAUCUUGGUCUUGAGAGAAAUUAUUAACUAACCACCAAAUUAAAGCCGUGCAGCAUGGAGUACGGUCAGCAGGGACAGCACGGCCACGGCACCACCGGCCGUGUCGACCAGUACGGCAACCCUGUCGGCGCCGGAACCGGUGGCAUGGGGACCGGGACCGGCGGCAUGGGGCAGCUGGGUGAGCACGGCGGCGCUGGCAUGGGUGGCGGGCAGUUCCAGCCAGCGAGGGAGGAGCAUAAGACCGGCGGCAUCCUGCAUCGCUCCGGCAGCUCCAGCUCCAGCUCGUCUGAGGACGACGGCAUGGGCGGAAGGAGGAAGAAGGGAAUCAAGGAGAAGAUCAAGGAGAAGCUGCCCGGAGGCCACAAGGACAACCAGCACGCCACGGCGACCGGCGGCGGCGCCGCCUACGGGCAGCAAGAACACACCGGCGCCGGAACCUACGGUACCGAGGGCACCGGCGAGAAGAAAGGCAUCAUGGACAAGAUCAAGGAGAAGCUGCCCGGACAGCACUAAUCGUCCGUGGCUGCGUUGGCUCUCUCUGGCGUGUGAAAGCCGUACUUAAUCACUGUCGUCAUAAUAGGAUGAUGAGUCCAUGAAUAAGUGUCCCUUAUGUCGUGACAUGCACGGGGACAGUUUAUACUUUUGUUGUGUGGUGUGACUUGCGAGUGAGAGUUUGUACGUACGAAACUUGGGUCUGUGUACUGUUUACGCUGCAUCGUUUGUCUUCCUGAAAGUAUAUACAGUACAGCAUGUGAGUGGCUUUAUUUGUGUGUGUGUAGUUAAUCUCAGUGUUACUGGGAAUGCAAAAUGGCAAGAUAUACUACCA